GCAUCACUCCUUCCUUUCCCCUAACUACGCUCGAUGAUAGCCCUCUCCCCUCCUCCCUUCCAUUUCCACCCUCUCAAAUCCUCCACCAUCCCCAUGAAAUCUCUCCGAUCCGAUCCGCCUGAAUACUCCGCCGGCGGCCGCACGAGAACCCACGCACUCCUCCGCCCUCACCAUCGAACCAACCCCUUCAUCUGGUUCGCCGCCUUCCUCUGCGUCAUUCUCAUCCUCCUCCUCAUUGCUUCCGUCGUCCUCAUUCUCAUCAUCUUCCUCAUCAUCAAACCCCGUAACCCUUCCUUUGACACCACCGCCGCGACGCUAAACGCGAUCUACCUCGAUUCCGCCGCAUACCUCAACGCCGACCUCACCUUCCUUGUCAAUUUCUCAAACCCUAACACCAAGAUCGAUGUCGUCUUCGAGUACUCGAGCAUCGAGCUCUAUUUCCUCAAACGUCUCAUCGCGGCGCAGCUGAUUCAGCCCUUCGUGCAGCGGAGCGGUGAGGCGAAGCUUCUGGGCUUGCACAUGAUUUCCAGCCAGGUUUACCUGCCGCCGGAGAUUGCGGCGGAGCUUGUGAGACAGGUACGGACUAAUAGAGUUUGGUUUACCGUGAGGGGGACGUUUAGGGUUAGGGCGAGCUUCGGGGUUGGCCACUUUUCCUAUUGGUUGUACGGUCGAUGCCAGAUUGAGCUCACUAGUCCACCUAGUGGAGUUUUGUUGGCGAGGAGUUGCAGGACGAAGAGAUGAUGGAGAGUUGGGAAGGGUUUGGUGUAUCUUUUCUUCCAUUUCUUUUAUCUUUUGCAAAUUUCUCAACUGGAACUUUAAUGGAGCUACUGCAGGGAUUUAUUUGAUCCUGCAAUCGAUUGAAAAAACACAAAUACAUUUUUUUUUAAUGAAUUUGUUUGAAUAUAUAUCAUGGAAUUGGAAGUGAAGAUUAUUUGGAGGUUGGUGCUUUAAGGUCUAUUAGACAACUUGCAGAGAUGGGAAAGAAGAAAGAAAUGAAAUGCACCGCAGCACACGCUUGUUAUUUGUGAACCUGCUUC